UGACCUAAAACUUGUCCAAAUACAAAAUAAAGAAAACCCAAGAAAUUAAAAUUGCAACAACAUAAGUGGUCUCUCUGCCACUCAUAAGCUUCACUUGCUGCUUCAUACUCCUAUUUCCAACUUCCAGUGCCUUCAUUGUCAUUUGAAGCUCCAUGUUUUCCCUACAAAUAUCACUCUAAUCUUCGAUUUCUCUAUUAGCUAGCCUCUUAUUCUUCAUAUCCUUCAAUUCAGCUUCCAAGCAAUGAUUAUCAGCUGCAAAACCAUUAAUUACUUCAAUUGCACGUGGCCCAUAAUCCUCUUUGUUAAUCCAUUCAAAGAAUUUACAAUCAUCAACCUAUUUUUAGAGAUUGUUUCCAAUCAAAUCAAAAUUGUAACAAAUAAAAAACAUCUUCAAUAAAUUCAAUUUCAUUUAUAUUCCACUUUGGGCAGCCAUAAAAGCAUUUUCCUUGAUCGUGGUUGAGCUUCCAUGUAGUUUGAAUUACUGCAGGCAAUCGAUGUCGUAUACCUUAUCAUUACCUAAACUAGUAUUUGAAUUAUUCUUGAAACUUGAAGAUGAAAAUGAGCUCAUUAUUGUUAUGUUGAUGUCACUUUUUCAAUCUCAGUUCGGGUAAUUUUCAACACUUAUGGCUCAUUUAAGGAAGAAAGAGGGAAUUCGGUGAAGAAAGUCUUUGUCUUCAGUUGAGGAAGGAGAAAAUGAAGGCAUAUGCCCUUUUUUUUUGUUAAACAAAAAAAAAAAAAUCAGGGUGAAAAAAGAAGAAAAUAAGAAGGGGGGAGGAAUGGAAAAUAAUAAUAAAAUUUUAAGAUUCUCCCAUCUCCGGUGAGAAUUUUGGUCAUUGAUCUCAUUAUUUAUGGUACAGACUGCAACCAGGUUAGUACUUUGGGGUGUUCUGGCUAUAAGUCUUAGUUGAUGUUGGUUGGUGCACUCGUGCUAUAGUUCAGGGUGUUAAAAUCAAUUUUGCCUAUUUAAUAUAUGAUAGUCUAAGAAUCAUCUGUUACAUAUCACAAUAGCAAUGUCUUGAGUGUUACUUUCCUAAGUGAGAUAGCUUGAAAAGGAAAACAUAAGAAGUUGGGUAAAAGUAACUUUCUAUGGAAUUGGAACUGUAAUCUCAAUAGAAAGAGGAAGAGGAAGAGAAAGAAAAUUAUCGUUAGUAUUGGAAAACAUGAUGAGUGAGAAAAGGCUCAUAAAAACAUGAAAAAUAUAUAUAAAUUAAUGAAUAAAUGCAUGAAAUGAUAACAAAUAUGAAUAAAGUUAAAUAACGAAAACUCCUCUUAGUCUUUUUAAUUAUGGAAGCUCUCCUAUUAGACGUACAAAUUUUCAGUAUUUUGUUUUUCAUUUUUGCUCAAAAUUGAGUGAGUUGAAAUAUCGUCCAACAUGAAAAAAAAAAAUGUUCAUACUAAUUAAAAAGAAUAUAGUUAGUUGUCUAUCUUGUUAUGCUGAUUUUCUCUCUAAUAAGGGUAAAACCGUAAAAAUAACUUCAAUAAGAAUUAAGUUAUUCCAAAAAAAAAAAAAAGAGAAUAUGGAGUAAAUAUUGCAUAGAGGAGGCAAAAACAUAGUUUGUUUUUUCUCAAUAAUAACAAGGAAACAUAUUACCAAUAAAAUCCAAUAAUCUUUUUUGUUUUCAACUUUUUCAUCUUCCCAAUCAGCUCUCAGUUUGUGAAUCAGCUAUAAUCUUCCCUUUGUUUUUUUCCUGCUAGAAAAUUUCUCAUUUUCCAUUAACCAUUCCUAAGAUACCGUAGAACAAAAUAACCCAGAUUAAAUCAAAUCAUGAUUAAUAAUCAUAAUAAUCAGAAAUUAAUAUAAUAAAAAAUCUGGGGGAUGGGUAACUCAUGCGUAGGGCCCCCAACAACAGGCAAACCAACAACAACAGGCUUCUUCGAAUCUGUUACCGCCGCGGUAUGGCGGUCCCGUCCACCGGAAAACACAACCAGCCAGAAAGAGAAUGACGAAAACACCCCUGGCCAUGAUGAGAAUAAUACUACUCAGAAAUCAGCCCCGGAGCAAAUGACGAUUGAUGAAAAUGGGCCUGGUGGUGGCGGUGGUGGUGGUGGUGGUCCUGGUGUUGUUGGACAUGUUCGUCGUACGUCGAGCAUGGGCCUGCAGGUGGAGUCUGUUUUAGGACGUACGACAGAAAACAUGAAGGAAACAUACAGGCUUGGUAGGAAACUUGGGCAAGGUCAAUUUGGAACAACGUUCAUGUGCGUGGAUAAGAAGAGCGGGAAAGAGUAUGCAUGCAAGUCAAUAGCAAAGAGGAAGCUAACGACGGGUGAAGAUGUUGAAGAUGUAAGAAGAGAGAUACAAAUAAUGCAUCAUCUUGCUGGACAUCCUAACGUAAUCAAUAUCAUUGGAGCAUAUGAAGAUGCGGUAGCUGUGCAUGUUGUUAUGGAUUUAUGUGCUGGAGGAGAACUCUUUGAUCGUAUCAUACAACGUGGACAUUACACCGAGAGGAAAGCUGCACACUUGGCUAGGUUAAUUGUUGGUGUUGUUGAAGCUUGUCAUUCUUUAGGGGUUAUGCAUAGAGAUUUGAAGCCUGAGAAUUUCUUGUUUCUUACCAAUCAUGAGGACUCUGCUUUGAAGACUAUUGAUUUUGGCCUUUCUGUUUUCUUCAGACCAGGUGAAACAUUCACAGAUGUAGUGGGAAGUCCGUACUAUGUGGCACCUGAAGUUUUGCGGAAAUUUUAUGGUCAAGAAUGUGAUGUCUGGAGUGCUGGUGUGAUCAUAUAUAUAUUGCUAAGUGGUGUGCCUCCAUUCUGGGAUGAAACAGAGCAAGGGAUAUUUGAGCAAGUUAUGAAAGGUGAUCUGGAUUUUAUAUCUGAACCAUGGCCUAGUAUAUCCAAUGGUGCUAAGGAUCUGGUUAAAAAAAUGCUUGUACGGGACCCCAAGAAGCGGCUGACAGCUCAUCAAGUUCUCUGCCAUCCUUGGGUUCAGGUUGAUGGUGAGGCUCCAGAUAGGCCUCUUGAUUCAGCUGUUCUUUCUCGUUUGAAACAAUUUUCUGCCAUGAACAAGCUAAAAAAGAUAGCUAUAAGGGUUAUUGCUGAAAACCUUUCUGAAGAGGAGAUUGCUGGCCUAAAACAAAUGUUUAAAAUGAUUGACGCUGAUAAUAGUGGACAUAUCACCCUUGAGGAGCUAAAAAAGGGGUUAGAAAAAGUUGGUGCCAAUCUCAAGGAUUCUGAAAUUGUUGGGUUGAUGCAAGCAGCAGAUGUUGACAACAGUGGUACAAUAGAUUACGGCGAAUUUCUGGCUGCAAUGCUCCAUCUAAAUAAAAUUCAGAAGGAGGACCACCUUUUCGCAGCAUUUUCAUAUUUUGAUAAAGAUGGAAGUGGGUACAUUACCCCGGAUGAGCUCCAGCAGGCUUAUGAGCAGUUUGGUUUGGGAGCUGGCAAUUUGGAUGAGAUAAUUCGUGAAGUUGAUCAGGAUAAUGACGGGCGCAUUGAUUACAGCGAAUUUGUAGCCAUGAUGCAAGAUACCAACUUUGGCAUGAAGGGUUUGCCUAAUGUGAAGAUUGGCUAGCUCCUGAUCUUGAUCAAGGAUACAACUAACAGGAAAUGAUAAACAACAUCACAAUAUAGUACAGAAAUCAAGGAUGAGAGCAGUUUAGUACAUCCAAGGGAAUAAUACUGGUACCUGAGAAAACGAAAAGAUGAGCGUACCAGUGUUGAAUACUGAUGAUUUUCAUUCAGACAAUUCUCAUUUAAAAUAACUAAUUUUACUAGCAAGUAAAUCGUCUUUCAAGUCCUUGCUCGAUGCUUCAGUUAUAUAGCCACCAUAAAACACAAUCUCACAACCUAAUGAUCUCUUAGGGAAAUCGAACAACGCCCUACAACACUUGUAUUCCAUCCAUAGUUGUUCUCUUUCGCCAUCCUCACCUUCACUGACACCAAUGUUAACAUAAAUUGAAACAAUAAGCUUCUUUAAGACGUCUGCAUGCUGUAAGAUAUACUUUAGGAACUCUAUAUCACUGUCGUCCCCAUCAAUUUCCGUUAUCUUUACCCACUUGAGCUUCUUCAAUACACAUGUUGGUAUCGGAGCUCUCUCAUUCACAUAGUCCCUUGAAGGACCCUCCAAUCUGAGCUUCGUCAGAUUGCGAAAGAUUGGCCAAAAAGCAUUAGCAUUCAUAUGGUUGAAAAUGUUAAAAAGAGCAAGAUUAUCCGACAAUUGAAGGAACCUAAUGCUAGAUAUUCCUCCAAUAAGCUCGAAAAUCGAGCUAAGGUAAUCGCUUCCACUUUCGAAAAUAUCAGAAUCAAAGGCAAUAUUUGCAACUUGCAGUGUAUCUUGUUGGUGGACAAAGCUAUAGAAUGCCAACAUGCCGUCUAUAGUAACGUGUAUAAGCUUAGAUGCAUCAAUUAAGAACCUACUACGGUGUGACGUUCCCGACAUUGAUGCUCGAAAAGUCUUCAAAUUUGGAGCACAUAUGUAAACAACAAAUUCAUCUACUAAAAAUUCUAAUGCCAAGAUUAAAAUUUCCAAAAGCGGGCAAGACUUAAGUAGUGUGAUUAGUGUCCCAAUGAAUCCAUUGUUGAAAGCAGGGAGAUCAAUGUCGAGCUUUUUUAAAUUUGGAAGAGCAAUAACUUUAUUUUCAGGCAAUUUACAAUCAAAAUUUCCUUUUAAUUCGAGCACGAUGAGGGA